AUGUUAUUCUAUCAAAUCGUCAAGAACUACACUCCUUCUCGAUCUAGAAGCUCUCCAAAACGCACCCAUGGAUCUUUCCCAAGCAGAGCUUCAACACCUCAGCAUCAGAGGAAUCCUACGCGUGAAUCAACCUCAAUCUCCAAACACUCCCCCAAAACCUUCUUCCUCAUAACCCUAACCCUAAUCUUCCCUCUCUCCUUCGCCAUCCUCGCACAUUCCUUCCUCACGCAACCCAUCCUCCUACCUCAGCUAAACCAAUGGACUUUCCUCCUCGUCUUGAUCAACUUCUUCUACCUCACCUUCCUCUUCGCCUUCUCUCUCCUCUCCACCGCCGCUGUAGUCUUCACCGUCGCGUCUCUCUACACUUCAAAGCCCGUUUCUUUCUCCUCCACAACCUCAGCCAUCCCUCUCCUCCUCCCACGACUCUUCACCACUUUCGUACGGGUUUGUGCCUUGAUGCUCGCUUACCACACCGUGUUCUCGAUCUUCUUGGUGGCCAACGAUUUACAGAUCAACGUGGGUUCAGCUGUCUUCUCGUCGGUAGUGAUCAAGGUUCUCUUCUUGGUCGUUCAUGUUUACAUGACGGCUCUGUGGCAUUUAGCCAGCGUGGUCUCCGUUCUUGAGCCGGUUAAGGGUUUCGCGGCGAUGAAGAAGAGCUACGAGUUGCUGAGAGGGAAGACCAUAGUGGCUUGCUCCAUGGUUUUCAUCUAUCUUGCUCUCUGUGCAGUCGUUUAUGGAGUUUUCGGUGAGGUGGUGGUUCGUGGCGGAGAAGAUCACGGAGUCUUGGCUAGGAUAGUCGCUGGUGGGUUCUUGGUUUGUGUUCUUGCGGUGGUGAAUCUUGUUGGGUUCCUUGUGCAGAGUGUGUUUUACUAUGUUUGUAAGAGCUUUCAUCGUCAGGGGAUUGAUAAAAGUGCGUUGAAUGAUCAUCUUGGUGGGUAUCUUGGUGAAUACGUGCCUCUUCAGAGCAGCAUUCAAAUGGAGAAGUUUGAUAGUUCACAGAACUGA